AUGGCGGCCUAUGAAAAUAUGGCGAGGCCUCGGAAAACAAUAACUACAUAUGGAAAGCCAGCAAGGAAACAUCUUGCAGGUCAUAGCUAUACAAAACUGGUCCAUCGCACAACACCUUCCGAUUUAACAAAGACAGGUCUCAUUACAAACAAUGAGCCCAGUGCAUCGAAUCAUGAAAGACCUCGCGAUGUCUACAAGCCUUCACCUAGCACAGCUUCUGCUCUAAAAAUACAGUCUACUGUCGACUUAUACGAUGUGCCCCUCAGCGAUGAAGAGGAACCUCUUUUAAUGCGCAAGAACGUUACCAAAUCUGCACCGAAACUUAAAGGGAAAUCUGCGAUGUGCGACGUACCUCUGGGCAAUAAAGAGGAUGAAGCUACGAGGCGGAAGAACGCUCCCAAACUAAAACAGAAGCCUUCGCAAACUUCUACCAUAUAUGAUGUGCCACUGAGCGAGGAUGAUGAGCCCCCCGCGGCGAGGAAGAAUCUCUCCAAAUUACUACCAAAUGUUACGCAAAAGCAAUCGGCCAUUGGAAACGCGAAGCACUCCAUAACAACAGAAUCCGCGAAUGUUAAGUCGGUGGAAAUGCCCGAGCGUAAGAAGAGAAAGUUAUCACCAGCUGAACAGCCGCGACGGGAGCCUUCUAAACUUGCAACAACUUUGCCCAAGGUGCCACCACAUCCUAAAAUUAGGCAAGCCAAACCAAGUAUAGACACUUUACCAAAACGACAGGUCGUUCAUGCUAAGCCUGUUAUGGAGUCUAUCCUGACCAAACCAGCAGUACAUCGAGGUCUACAGAAGCAGAGUAAUAAAACGCAGGCGCAGCAACGACCAAGAUCCUCUGCCUCUACCGGCAGUGCUGCGAGCUUACGGUUAGCUACAAGUCCUGGGCGUCACAUCUCUCCCAAGGCUACGAAGCUAUGGGAUGCCCUCGACAACGAAACUCAAGAAACCACGAUGAGUAGUGCAGAUGAGCUCUCUUUAGUCGUGAGUACGCCGAAGAGAGUGUACCCAAUUAUUAGAAAGUUAUCUAAAACUGCGGCUUUUGCAAAACCGGCUAACCUAACUCCUCGCAAACGACUAAUCGACUCAUUAGUCGAGCAGACACCUCGCGAAAAUUUGAACGAUGAAGACGAUGAUGAUGAUGAAUCUGGGAACGAGCAUGAUAAUUCUCAGCUUGAGGAUCACUUCCAACAUUUGAACAAUUCAAGAGCCCAGAGUCUUGCCCCAGAAGUCCCUACUUUUACUGCACCUGCACAAGCUAGUCAAGGACCCCCAAUCGCAGGGCCCAAGUUUACGUAUAGUCGACAGCGUUCUAUGCUUGUUGAAGAAGACAUGAUGGAGCAAUUGGCUUUUGACAUGCCUCUAGAAACUCCACAAAGCUCACAGCGUCGCCGAGGCUCUAUACCCAGCCUAAAGCCAUUAUCAAGCUUUCGCGAGGAAGAGCAGCAAGAAGAUGAAGCCGCAAGUACCGCUAUUCGCACGAUUCAUGAACUAAGGCAAGCGGGUGCGAAUAGUCGCUUUGCGGAUGAAGUAGAAGAUUUGCUCGAUCGUAUUGGGAGGCCUUCCAUAAAGUUGUCGUCUAUGCGACGCUCCGGUCUUUUAGACCUUGGAUUGAAAAUGAAGGACAAAGCAUUUGUUCGGCAAUUCCGUGCCCAUGGUGCUGAACAGCGACUAUUUAUCGACAUAGGUCAAGAAACUGAUAUCGUAUCGGGAUUUUUGAUGACAUCGCUCAUCACGCCUAUUUUGGCAGAGGGAAGCGCGCCUCUCGUGGUAUCGCAACUUCAACAACAAGGUAUUGCAAAGCUACUCGGCCGUCUCAUAUCGGUUGAGAAAAGCUUUGUCAGUGUGAUAAAGGAGCGUAAGACAAAUAUGUCCAAGAUGGCACAGAAAUCAAUGGCAGCAUAUCAUGAUUCUCUGCUUGCAAUUCCAGUAUGGAAGGAUCUUAGCCCAUGUGAACUCUCCCCUCGAACCUUGGCCCUAAAAUGCCUUGAGCUUAUGGUCAGGCAAUGUAGAGAAGCUGGAGACGCUAGUGACAUAAUUUCUGAAGAGCUGAAUACCAGUUUGUUUGAGAUUUUAAAAUUGUCAAACUCGGAUGCCGCGUGGGAUUUCCCCCACGGAAUAGAAGCAGUCAACUUUUAUUUGACACUCUCCACUCUUGAAUCUCACUCUCUUGUAUCGAGAAUCGCCCAAGAUGAGACCAUUUGGAUUCAUCAAUUGCUGCCUAUCAUAGGCAAUACCCUCAAUACCGCUUUGAAUCGGCCACUUGAGAGCUUUGGCGAGCAACAAAUUUUGGCAUUGAAAUUGACAGUGAAUGUCACCAAUCACAACCCGAAAGCUUGCGAUGCAAUUGUGGACUCGGAUCUCAUGUUCACCAUUCUUCGCAUCAUCGUUGCCAAAUUCAAAAGCAUGUCAAGCUUAUGGGCGGAAGAGGAAAUCGUCGUGGCUGUGGAUAAUUUGAUCCUUCUCAUUGGAGCGAUGAUCAAUUUUGCCUUGUGGAGCACAAAAGCGCUUCAAAAUAUCAAUGAUUUUGCUGGGACGGGCAGGGACCCUCUGGAUGAAUUGAUCCGCCUUUUUGUAGAUAACAGAGAGAAAACCUUUGAGGUGGACUCUCAGCACGAAUCACACAAAAACGUUCCGUUUGGAUACUUGUCGGUAUUGUUGGGACACUUUUGUUUAUUGCCGGCCAUCGAGAAACGGAUUCGGAUGCGACAGACAACAAAAACACUUCGGCCCCUCAUUACAUCUAUUAAUGAAUUUAUCGUUUAUCAUAAAGCGGCUGACGAUGAGAUUGCUCCCAAUGAAGAUGGACACAGUCCUCACGUUACUGUGACGAAGCAACUCGAAGAUCUCGUCCAAAAAUUAUUGACGAUCAAAGGGGCUUAA